AUGAUUUUAAACCAGUGUGCAGGGGCUGAAUCCAUAUCUACAUUGGAACUUAGUGUUGGCUAACGUUCUGCAGAACUAACGGAGGAGGCGGAGGAACGGUCUUAUUGGCGUGUUGUGUAAACCGCAUUUUCCGAAAAAAUUGUAAAUAAAUAGUUUUAAAUUGUUGUAUUUAAGCCAUGCUGAACAUUUUACGUCAGCGUCACGCGCUUCUCUCUCAUAACGCGCAGCGUUGGCUUCACACAUCCCAGAGCCGACCCGGCUAUAUCGUUCUCGUGCCCGAAAUUGGAGAAGAAGGACCCACCGAGGGACUGCUGAAGGCGGAUGGACUGCCAGCAUUUAGUGACAUUACCAUUGAAAUGUGCCUGGGCGCCAUUGGACAACAGGCAGCUGGCGUGGAGAAGGUUGUCAAGUCAUUGGAGCAGGAUAUUCAGAGCGGCAAAGGCCCCCUGGAUAGUUCGAAUAUAUUUGCCGAUCUCGAUGCGGUCACUGGCCCAUUGGAGACCACAUGGGGUGUAGCCAAGGCUCUUUACUUGGGCAACAGCACAUUAAUCCCAACAAAGUCCUAUAUGAAUAUCCAUGAGCGAGCUCGCAACGCUCGAGCGGCUAAAUUCUGCAAUAAGAUUGUUUACCAGGCCCUAACCAAACAGAAGGAAUCUGGCGACAGAGAUGAUCAGCGGUUGCGUCAGAAAUUUCUGCUGGAAGGAAAAUUGAAUGGAUUGGCGCUGGAUAAGAAUGCACAAGACGGUCUCAAGCAACUGCUAACCCAACUGGGUCGGGAGCGUUCAAGCUUCAAAAACAAAGUCAACAUGGCCGUCCACUCCUUUGGUCAUGUUAUUAAUGACUUUCAAUUGGUACGCGACUUUCCGCCCACUCUAUUGGAAGCCACAGCCCGCGAUUCCAAUCAGGCAUUGCAGGGUCCCUGGAAGAUUACAUUGCAGCCGCAAAUAGUAGAGGGUUUUCUAAAAUACUGCCCCGACAGGCUACAGCGAUGGAAUGUGUGGCGAGCCAAUGCCAUUAAAGCUUCCCAGCAACAGGACAAAUCACUAGAGAACAGCACACAUUUGGAGAAGAUUCGUGGCCUGCGCAAACGACAAGCCAAUCUCUUGGGGUACUCCAGCUAUGCGGAAAUGUCCAUGCAAACGAAAAUGGUUGGUAGCGUCGACAAUUUGAAGCAGAUCUUUGCCAAAUUGCUUAAAUUUGCUGGGCCAGCACAGAGUGUGGAGUUGGAAGAGUUGCAGAAAUUUGCCAAUGCCAGCAACGCCGGAGGAGCAAAUCAAUAUCAACUGGAUGCCUACGAUGUAAGCUACUGGGGGCGCAAACAGCUGGCCGCUGAGUCUAGUCUGCAUGAAAAUAAGCUAAGUGAAUUCUUUCCCCUGCCUCGUGUCCUUUCUGGUGUGUUUGGUCUCAGCGAGAAACUCUUCAACAUUCGCAUUGUGGAGCAUACCCAGGCUGAGGUGUGGCAUCCAGCGGUUAAGUUCUAUCAUGUCUUUGAUAACGAUGCCACGUCUAGUUCCGAACCAGUUGGUGGCUUCUACGUUGACUGCUACUCCAAGGAGCAUAAAUUUGGUCGAAAUAAUGGCUGGAUGGUGGGCAUACGAAAUAGCAAUAAAUCAGCUAACCUGACCCCACUCUGCGCCCUCAUCUUCAAUUUCACUGAGCCCACGGAGCCGCAAAAGCCUCCACUCCUUAGCUACGAUGAUCUGCAAAUGCUCUUCAAGACCUUUGGUACGGGACUGCAACAUCUGUUGACCCAGGCCAAGUAUAGCGAUUUGGCUGGUCUAUCGAACAUUGAAUGGGAUGCCUCUCAGGUGUCUGGCUAUGUCAUGAGCAAUUUCCUCGAUAAUCCCACUAUCCUGCAAUCCCUUUCGGGUCACUAUGAAAAUGGUGAACCUAUCGAUGCUGCCUUGGCCAGCAAAAUGCGCCUUUUCAAAACGAAAUUAGCUGGCUAUAAUCUCUGCAAGGAACUCUAUGCCGCCGAUCUCGAUAUUGAAUUGCAUCGUUCUGAAUCGUUUUGGCUAGACACUGUACGAAAAUUGUGGCCUGUCUAUCAUUGUAUGCCUCUGGACAAGAAGGAUGCGCAUCCCUGUUCAAUGACUGAUAUCUUUGCUGGUGAUUGGGCUGCCGCCCAGUUCAGUCAUUUGUAUUCCAAACUGAUAGCGGCAGACAUCUCCAGCAGCUUCAUCAAUCAGCGGAAUAUCGAUGAUUAUGCUGCCGUGGGGAAACGCUAUAAGGAGACGUUCCUCAGUUCGGGCGGUUCUUUGCCCACCGCCGAAGUGUUCCGUCGAUUCCAAGGUCGUGAUCCUUCAGUCGAGGCGUUACUCAAGUCACUAGAAAUAUACGAGCCCUCACAGACCACGGAAAAUAAUUAAACGUUAUCAACUAGCCAUGUGUCGGUUAAUUGAUAAGCGGUGUGACAUUGUUGGAUCGAAGACCUGCCUGGAUAAAGUGAUUAUGAUUGUAAAUAUCAUGACUAAGUGUAGUCGGACGAGCAGGUGUUGGGUCUACCUAGUUGAACCACACAAAUGUUUUGUUGU